GCUGCUUCCAAUCUGCCAGGCGACAGCAGAAAUGAGCAUGCUGUCGGCCUUCACGGCUCGUCCCAUCGUCGAGCUCAAACAGCGCGACAAGUCAAGGAUCGAGUCGAUUCUUGCAUACGGCGACAGGCUCUUGGUCGGUCUACACACUGGCUAUCUGCGCAUCUACAGAAUAAACGAGGUCAAUGACGAGCCCGACCCCACCGCCCAGCCCGAGACCGCCGAUGACAGCGAAGAGGUUCCCAAGCCAAAGCAGCGCCCCGCCGACUUACUGCGUGAGGUUGAAAAGUUCUCACGGAGACCUAUCCAGCAGCUUGCCAUAAUCAAAGAGGCCAAUAUCCUGGUGUCCUUGAGCGACAGUUAUGUUUCCAUCCACGACCUACAAAGUUACACUCUACAAGAGCGCCUUGAGAAGACUAGGGGGGCCACUUCUUUCGUCGUCACCUCCAACAUCGUCAAAGAUGCAAGCACCGGCAUCCCGUCCAUCGUGUCGCGCCUGGCGGUCGCUGUCAAGCGGAGGAUAAUACUGUGGUCAUGGCAAGAUAUGGAGCUUUCGGAGGAGACUGCGGAGAUUACGUUACCUGCAGCAGUAAAAUCACUCACAUGGGCGAGCGGAACAAAACUGGUAGUAGGCAUGGACCCUGGAUUCGUCAUGGUCGAUAUUGAGAGCCAAGUAAUCACGGAUAUCGUCAAGCCCGGAACGCUGAGCGACGCCUCUGGACAACAAGGAACCCGGUUUGGUGCCGUAACUUCGUCUGGUAUGGGCUAUAUGGGUAUGGGAAGCUGGGUGCCAAAGCCUAUGGCCACUAAGCUUUCCGAAGGGGAAAUGCUCUUAGCCAAGGAUGUCAAUACGCUGUUCAUUGACACGGAUGGAAAGGCGCUUGAGAGACGCCAGAUCCCGUGGGCCUCUGCUCCUGAAGCAUUAGGCUAUUCGUAUCCCUACAUGCUCGCCCUUCAACCACCAGCAAAGGGAGCGCUUGAAGUGCGUAACCCGGACACGUUGUCUUUGUUGCAGACAAUCAACCUACCCAACGCGGCAUAUUUGCAUGUCCCUCAACCAAACAUCAGCUUAGCGCACGCUGGGAAGGGAUUCCUUGUCUCCAGUGACCGGUGCAUUUGGCGCAUGAGUGCGCUCGAGUACGAAGCACAGAUUGAUGAGCUUGUCGCGCAAUCUCGCUUUGACGAAGCCAUCAGUUUGGUGAACAUGCUAGAAGACACUCUCUUGAAAGAUAAGCAUGGACGGAUACGUGAUACUCAAAUCCUCAAAGCGCAAAGUCUAUUUGAACAGCGACGCUACAGAGAUGCUCUGGACCUGUUCUCUGAUGCUCGCGCCCCACCGGAGAAGGUGGUUGCACUCUAUCCCAAAUCCAUCUCUGGUGACUUGUCUAUGAUCGAAGAGUCGGGGGAGAGCGAGAGCGACUCGCAUGACGAAAACAAGUCUACUGAUGGCGAGAAGAGUGAUGCCGAGGACAGGCACGGUGGCAGCGCGACUAAUUCGCUCACCCGAGCAAUGUUUGGCAGGUUAAGGGCUGACCCAAAGAGGCCUGACUCUGACGCCGGCUCUGUCCGGUCACUCAAGGUCGAUUCGGACACAGCAAGCAUCAAGGGCAAGAAAUCUGCAGAGAACAUCGGCGAAGAAAAACAACUGCAAGGGAAAGACUUGAUCAUGGCGGUUACCGCGCUCUUUGGCUUUUUGGCACAGACGCGAGCACAGCUGCAGAAAUUCAUAAACUACGAUGGCUCUCUGAAGCAGCCUCUCCCAUCGAAGGAAGAAAGAACCGAGGACUACAAACCUCCUUUCGCACAAUUUCUUCUUCUUCCUGAAAACACGGAAGAUAUUGAUUGGGCAGAGCGCUUGCACAAGGUAGCCAAGAUUACUGACACCACCUUGUUCCGAGCUUACAUGAUGGCCCGUCCUGGCAUGGCCGGUCCUCUUUUCCGCCUUGACAACUUUUGUGACCCAGAAGUUGUUAGGGAGAAGUUGUACGAGAGUGGACGGUACAUCGAUCUCAUCGACUUCCUUCAUGGCAAAAAGAUGCACCACGAGGCACUGGAGCUGCUCGAGAAAUUCGGACAGGGCGGAGAUGAGGAAGAUGUCUCGACUAGCUUGCGCGGACCGGAGCGAACUAUUACCUAUUUGCAACAGCUGCCGGCCGACCUGAUCGAUCUAAUACUCGAAUAUGCAGAGUGGCCUGUACGAGUAGAUCCGGAGAAGGGAAUGGAGAUAUUCCUCGCGGACACGGAGAAUGCCGAGUCUCUGCCUAGGGAGCGUGUACUGGACUUCUUGGACCGUGUCGACCCUAACCUCACGGUUCAGUAUCUGGAACACAUCAUUAAUGAACUCAACGACCAGUCGCCGGAUCAUCACCAACGUAUCAUCGACUUGUAUCUGGAGCGGCUGAAGAAGGAGGAGAGUGAUUUUAAGAAUGCGGAAGAGCGGGUCGAAUGGCAUGAUAAGCUACAGACGUUCCUCAAAACCAGCAGGCAAUACAACAAGGCCCGAGUAUUCAGGUCGUUGCCGGCAGAUGAGCCCGAAUUCUUCGAGCCUCGUGCCAUUGUGCUCAGCAAGAUGGGCCAGCACAAACAGGCCCUCCAAAUCUAUGUCUUCCAAGUCCAAGACUAUGACAAAGCAGAAGACUACUGCAACCAAACCUACCUCGCCGCCACCUCCGCCCCCGUCCCUGGCGUCGUAACACCGCCCAAAAUCGCAAAAACCACGCACACGCCGCCACCACAAGAUCCCGAAGACUCGACGCCGUCAAUCUACCACACGCUGCUAUCACUGUACCUAACGCCACCACCACCGCACACGGCGAAUUGGCCGCCCGCGCUCGCCCUGCUCAGCAAGCACGGCGCGCGCCUCCCCGCCUCCAGCACGCUCGACCUGAUCCCCGCGGUCCUGCCCGUCAAGGAGCUAGAAUCGUAUUUCCGCGGCCGCAUCCGCAGCGCCAACUCAGUCCUCAACGAAGAGCGCAUCGUUAGCCAGCUGCGGGGCGUCGAGAAGGCGGGCGUCGAGUCUGCGCUGCGGCUCGGUAACGGGAGCGCGGGCGUUGGCGGCGGGAAGAACAGACGCGUCGUUGUGGGCGAGGAGAGGCAUUGUCGGGUUUGUGGCAAGCGGUUUGGUAGCGCUGCUAUUAGGGUUUAUCCUGAUAACGAGGUCGUGCAUUAUGGGUGUUAUGGACGGGGGAGGAACAGCGGGGCUGGGACGCCUUUGGAGACGGGGAGGAGGGGGUGGUAGUUGGGGUGUGCUUGUGGUAGAGAGUGUGUAAUGUAGACAUGAUAAUGCGCGCAGGCUUCUUGGUAUGAAUCCAUGCUUGCUCACGUCGAUGGUGUUUGAGGC